AUGAAAAUGUCAACACAAUAUUCGAAGGCAUUUAUUUUUCUAAUUUUUUUGGGAGUAUUUGCACGUGACACGUCAGCUAGAAAACUCCAGGGAGAUGCAGUAGCUACAGUCUUUGAGAUUCCUGUUGAAAAUGGCGUAGGAUUUGGUCAAAUUAUAGGAGGAGCUGGUGGCAGUAGUGGCGGAGGCGGAGGUGGCGGAGGCGGAGGUGGCGGCGGAGAGAAUGGUGGUAAUGGAGGACAUGGGGCUGGAUUUGGCUACGGCAGUGGUCAAGGAUUGGGUUUAGGCGGUAAUGGCAGCAACGGAGGUGGCGGCGGUGGUGGCGGAGAGAACGGUGGUAAUGGUUAUGGAUUUGGUAUCGGAGAAGGUUUCGGCGGUGGUGGAAUUUGA